GGUAGGAGAGAGAGAAGAAAAGCCGUGCUUUCCAGUCUGGUCAAAUACCUAGGUCCUGAGGCCGCAUCUUCCAUCCACUAUGAAGAGAAAGAUUGGGCUAAGGAGGACUACAGCGGGGGCUGCCCUGUUAAUGUCAUGGCACCAGGUCUGCUAACAUAUUACCACCCUAGCCUGAGGAAGCCCUGUGGCAGGAUUCAUUGGGCAGGCACAGAGACAGCCACCCAGUGGUGUGGGUACAUGAGUGGUGCAGUACAAGCUGGUCAGCGAGCAGCUCUGGAAGUACUGGCUGAACUCUGCCCCAUGGUCCUGACCCAGGAGGAGCAGGAAACAGUGCAGCACGGCCAAACUGUCAAAAGUCCUGCCAAGCAAACACCAUCCAAGCUUAUGUACCUGUCUAGCUACAAGGCAAUGGUCAUAGCAUCUCUGACAAUAAGUGCUGCUCUUUUUCUGGCUCAGCAUCCAAAUGCUUUACUAAAAGUCACAAAUUACUUGACAAAUGUACUUUCAGCAACCAGGCAUAAUACAUCCUUAGUAUAACAGGUGCAUAUUGCACCGGUAUGGUUUUGAUUUAGACUGAAUGAACAAGUACAGUUUUUGCUAGUUUGUUCUGUCUACCCAUUUUUUUUUUCUUUUCUUUUUUUUGGCCACAUACUGCAUAUUUCAGAACAAUCUUAGAAAGUGAAAAUCAAUUAGAUAAAUUUUCACUGUAUUAUAUCAUAUUAAAUCCUAUUAGUAGUAAAUUGUGGCAUUACUUAAUAUGUUAUUUCAAAAUUACUAUAAAAUGAUUGAGAAUGUGCAUACUAAAUAUAAAGUGAUUUUUUAACCAGUUGAGGGAUGUUCCUUAUAGAGGACUGAUCCUGACAGAUUGAGAAAUAAAAACAGAAAUAAAUAAAUGCUCAAUAUAUAAAUAAGCAUGAUUAAAUGCACAAAAAAUAAAGUUAAUAAAUACAUUUAUGCAAUAAUUAAAUUA